AUGCGUAGAGGCAGACUAAUACUUAUUGAGGGACUUGACAGGACGGGUAAGAGCACCCAGGCAACUCUACUGCUGCAGCGGUUGCAGCCCAACGCGCAGCUGAUCAAAUUUCCGGAUCGCACAACGCCCAUCGGCAUGCUCAUCGACAAGUAUCUUACACAAGAAACAUUUGAACUGCCAGACCAGGCCGCUCAUCUGCUGUUUUCUGCGAACAGAUGGGAAUUGGGAGCGAGAAUUAAAGAGCUGCUUCUGAUUGGCACUCAUGUUAUCUUAGAUAGAUAUGUUUAUUCUGGAAUUGCAUAUUCUGCUGCCAAAAAUAUCCCAGGAAUGGACUUGGCCUGGUGUUUCCAGCCAGACAAGGGCCUAGUGAAACCAGAUCUGACAAUUUUCUUCCUGCAUGACGAAAAGCAUGGCCAUGAGCUCGAAAAUAGGUCUGGAUAUGGCAAUGAACGUUAUGAAAGGGUCGAAUUUCAGCGCGCGGUGCUUGCUCAAUUUCAGGACAUGUUCGAACAGCUUGAGCACUCUGGUUAUCGUGAAAAACAUCUGGUAACCCUCCAAGUCUCAGGCAAGUCAAUAGACAGUGUUGCCAACGACGUGUGGAAUGCUGUAGAGCGGCAUCUGAAAGCUGAAGCUACCGACUUUCUUUAUUUCUAA